CUGAUUGUGUUCAACUGGAGAUCCCUUCUAAGUAUUCAAUACUUGAAUUAUUGCAUUGCAGCUGCUACGCAUAUAAGUAACUUAGUACUUGGAACAUCUUAUCGUCCCCACUUAUCCACGGCUCAAAACGUCACUCAUUCACCUUCUCAUCGCCAAUUCCCGAAUCUUCCACCAACCAACCCACCACAAAGAAAACCAGCGCUAUAGUACAUGAAGCUGUCCAGCUUGCAGCAAGGCAAAAGAAAUUGACAUACUGACACACUUCUUGUCUUAUUUCCUUUCUUUCUAAAAUAUUCGCAAUUACCAACGUUUUCUUUACACCAAUUCAUCGACUCUAAACAAAUCAGUCGACCUCGAUUCCUAUUUAGAUUGAUCACGAGAUUCUCAAUUAUCAAUUACUUACCUGCUCAACAACGGAACCUCGUUUGAAUAACAACCUACCUCACUUCAUUUCCUUCACCUGUUAAAAAACAAGACUUUCCUACAUAUCGAGCAACAUGGUGAAAGAGACAACAUUAUACGAUCAGCUUGGCGUCAAACCGGAUGCCACUCAAGAUGAAAUCAAGAAAGGUUAUCGAAAGGCAGCCUUAAAGUGGCAUCCCGACAAGAAUAAAGAUAACCCCACCGCCGCUGAAAAGUUCAAAGAGUGCUCGCAAGCCUACGAGAUCCUCUCCGACCCCGAAAAACGUAAGACAUAUGACCAAUUCGGCCUUGAGUUUCUAUUACGCGGCGGUGCUGCCCCGCCGCCCGGGGAGAACCCUUUCGCGGGAGCCCAAGGUGGCAUGCCUGGUGGCUUCCAAGGCUUCGACUUUAGUGGUGGUAUGCCGGGAGGAGGCGCUCGGACAUUCCGCUUUAGCACCAAUACUGGCGGGGGCAGCCGCUUCAACUUCAGUGCACCCGAAAGUAUAUUUGCCGAAUUUAUGCGCGGUAGCGGAGGGGGUCUAGGCAAAGACGAUGACGAACCCGAUAUGAGCUCGUUCUUUGGUGGAGGCGGUAUGCCUCGAUCCUCAGCCGGGAGAACACGCAUGCGCAAUAACUUUGCCAGCGGUGAUCCCUUCUCGAGUGGCGGACCGAGAGAACCGGCGCCUGACGUCACAACUGUCGAGCGUGCCUUGCCAAUGUCUCUAGAAGAGUUAUACAACGGCACCACCAAGAAGAUGAAGAUCAAGCGGAAGACCUUCGAUGAAACGGGUAAGAGGACAACUACCGACCAAGUCCUCGAAGUUCCUAUCAAGCCCGGCCUAAAGAAGGGCAGCAAGAUCAAGUUCAAGGGCGUCGGCGACCAAGAGGAGGGUGGAAAGCAGGAUCUGCACUUCAUUGUCGAAGAGAAAAAUCACCCUCUCUUUGUUCGUGAUGGCGACGAUCUGAUCCACACAAUUGAUUUGGACCUGAAGGAAGCAUUAACCGGCUGGAAACGGACGGUAACGACAAUCGACGGAAAACAACUCGUUAUUGAGAAAAGCGGCCCUACAGGUCCAGGCACAUCAGAUACCUACCCUGGGCUCGGCAUGCCCAUCUCGAAGAAGCCAGGCGAGCGGGGUAAUUUCAUCGUUAAGUAUAAUGUGAAAUUCCCUACCAGCUUAACACCAGAGCAGAAGCAGAAACUUCGGGAAAUACUAUAGACGUCGGAGAUUGCAUAAAAUGAUAUCCAGAGAAGGGACCGGUGCAUUUUUUGUUUUUGGCGUUGUAGGACUUAGCAAGUAGGAAAAUUUGACGACUUUUACGACUACGAGGAAUGAGUUGUUGUUUUUUUCGCGCGGAGGCUAUCAGCUUCCCAGCCUGAGCAUUCGAUUUCGGCGGAAUUAGGCCCGAAAUCGCGAUGCGAGUCGAAUCCUAAAGGGGACUGAUAGAGUAUAAGUACCUCUUACCUAGGUAAUUAAAUUUUUUGUUCAUCGUGUUUUCAUCAUCGGUACCCAGGAAUUAUCUGGUAGGGAUAGGAUUAACAGGUUACCUAGGUAGGUAACUAAUCGAUUAUUGCAUACUUGAUAAUAGAUGCGUGAUUAUUAUUUCAUAUUGGAUGUUUCGUAUUAGAUUAACUUGGUACGCACUUGUGAUAAUCCACCGACGAUACAGAAGUUCUUAAAGUAGGGGGCUCGUGCCGAUAUGAGGUACAUAGGGUAGUCCAAGCACUUAAUAGCCGGUAACUCCGUCCUAGGGAUGGCGUGGACCUAGAGUAUGGAUAUAGGCAUUUGA